AUGAGCGCGAGCUCAACACCUGCCUCACCCACCUCUUCACCCACCUACAGCCUCAACACUCGUAAAACCACGAGGUCAACGCUUCCCCAAGCCACUAUUGAAGCAAUGCCCAACACGGUAAAGAACACCAGUAGCGGAAAGAAAUUUCUUGAAUCGAAACUACUCAGCCUCAUCAACGAACCUUGCACAUUAACCCAUCUAAUCUCAAUCCUUUUCCAGAUCUCGCAGAUGUCAAGCUCUACCCUGGCCUCAGUAACUGCUGCAAUUCGGGCAGUGGCAUUCAUUAUGAAGGAUCACGAGGCGAACGAGAUAGUGGAGAAAGUCGUGGACCAAGUUGCGGCAAAGGCAGCUGAACAGAUCAUGGACUCUCUCACCACCCGCCUAGUCAAUCAUGUCAUCACUGCCAUAUCCCCCCAAGUCGCUCUCGUUCAUACUGUGUCUCAAUCCCUAACCACCUCGCUAGAACAAGCAACAAGACUACAGAAUACGUUGAAAAGGGAAUGA